AUGCUACUGAGCAAGCAACCCGGUGACACAGGCAUCUACGCCACCGCCACGCCGAGUCAGGUGCGACUGUACUACGUCCUCGAUCGUGUCUUCCCACUCGUUUCUAGUGGCGCGGCGUCAGCGGAGACGUCUGGUGUUCUGGGCAAUGUCGUGCGUGGCGGUCUCCGUGGCAUCGGCGCCUCCGCGACUUCCGGGUCUCUUGCGGACAUUCCACCGGAUCUACUACCGUACUUUUCUGGGGCGCCGGCAUGUGUGCCUCGCGAACACCUGCGCACGCUAUGUCGCCUCUCCGCUGUCGGCAGUUCCACCGGUUCUGUGAGAGCUGCGACGGUUAGCGGCACAUAUGCGCGAGCUGGGCGGUAUGACGCUGAUGGGCGACCAACUCCGCUCGCAACGUCGGCAUCCCACACACGUUUUUCACAACCCCCUCGCACCGGAGUGGGGUGCACGUCGGCAGCUUCUGCAGGUUCUGAUGACUGGCUGCAGCAACAGCACAUGCAGGACGCCAGCUUCGGGUACCACUGGGGCACCUCGCUCAUCCCCUUCCAUACAGUCCCCUUUGGCUGCAGUGUCGGCGAUGGCUCUAGCGAGGGUCGGCACUUGAGCUUGCAUGGCGGAACGAACGCGUUACCGCCAGAGUGGACGGCACCAACACUGACUGCCGCCGGUAUCACCCCGAUUUUUCUGGAGGAGUGCGGCCCGGGGAAGUCAUCGAGUCACAUGAGCGGGAGCAGUGCAGUGGAGAACAGUGGAUACUGCGCUGGCAGCACGCAAGCACAAGCCGGGCGCUCCGGUGGCGGAGGCGGCGGUGGUGCUCACUCCGGCAGUACCACCUUGGCUGCUACCGUCUCCACUGCUCCUACUGCCCUCUCCCUCAGCUGCGCCACUGACUGCCUGUUAUUCUUUGUGGCGAACUCAGAGGGGCUCAGCUGGAUUGGCCGCAGUGAUAUCACAACUUUGUCUCCUCUGCGGGUGCCCAUGUCGCUGCAGAUGCGACGGCACAGCCCUGGCGGAUACAGCGGGCCAGUCAGUGGCGGCGGCGGCACGGUAAUGCCAUCGGCAUCGUGUCCACCGCGGCCGUUCUCCGCAGGCUUUGGCGCGCCGCUGAAUACAACAGGGGACUGCCCGCUGCCGAACUCCUCGCUAAUGAUCUCAAGUGAGGUUGGAGAUGAUUAUGAAGGCGAUGGCGAAGACAGAGCAGGCGCAGCGUUAACUGAUGGAACCGGAGGCGGUGGCGGCGGCAGCGGCGAGACAGGCAGCAGCCACCGUGGCAGCUUAACAGGCGCUGCCAGUACCUCCUUCACUGACGGACCUGACGUGUAUGGAGGGGUAGCACCGGCGGCAGUGGUGGAACUCCCGAUGCGUAGAGGAAUCUCUCAUCGUGACCGCAUCGUCACCGCGUCCGGGUGGGAUCCGCGCAACUCGGCGAUACUUGCCCUGGGCCGACAGAGCGGCACGGUGCAGCUGCUGGAUGUUGAGUAUGUGGUGGGCUCGAUGGAGGGCAGGUGCUGCAGCCCCGCUACCACGAGCCGCUGCACGAGUGACGAUGGUACCGCCGAACCGUUUUUCGUGGCUGCCGUGGGCAGCGCUGGAGCAGGGGCCAGUGCGCUCGGUGGCUGUGGUGCCGGUGGCACCCACCUGGUGCCAUACGCCGGCGCUGACCAUCUCAGCUACAGUGUUGUUCAGCAGAAGCAAAUGCUGGGUCCCGUGACGGCGCUGGAUUGGAUGCCACAGUCCCACCUGACUGUUGUGGCCGCGCGGCGUCUCGAUGGGCUCGGCUUCUACGCGGAGCUGCUCGAUCUGCGCGCCUCCCACGAUGGUGUCACGCACCUCGGGGCCCCGCCCGAGGUGCUCGGCGUCCCUAUCUACGCGCGUACCGCAGAUAGUGCUGCCCCAUGUGCUCUCUGCCGUGCUGAGCAGGUGGCGUGCCACCCCUCGCAGCGGUACGUCGCCACAGUGGGUGCGUCACGAACGCUGGACAUCGUGCAGCUCUGGGAUGUGCGCAUGGCGACGCGGCCAGUGGCGUGUCAGGCGUACCCACGCGCGGGUUACACUUCCCUCUGCUGGAGUGCAACCGAGAUGGGGGUGGUGCUAGGCACCACGCGCGACGGCGGUCUGCGAGCGCACGUCUUCAAGGAGCUUGCGCCGUCGCGCACCGCUUCAGGUGGCCCUGUCGUCGUGGCGUCGCACCGCUACAGCAGCGCGAAUAACCCUCACCUGAGCCCGAGUGUUUUUGUCUCUGGUGGUACUGCAGGAGGUGGUGGGGCUAGCCGCAGUCACCACCGUAGCGCCCCAAGCAGCGGCCGCCCGCACCGUCUCUCGACGAGCGGCGGAGGGCAGGAGGUGGAUCGGUGGGGCGUGAGUAACAGCAAUUUCGUGAACAGCGGCUGCAGUGGGGCGGAGGCUGAGGCUGAGGACAACUUCCUCGACGAUUCCUGCAGCAUCCACUCAGACUUCUCCGGCGACGGCACCGGCACAGUCAUGCCCUCCAUCACCGAUGGAAGCAAGGCUUUGGCACGCGUCAAUAUGAAGGCGCAGUCUGCGCUCAAGUGCCGGUUGCCGUCCCGCGUGCCUGCCGCUGCAGUGGGGUGGGUUUGCCAUCCUCUCUCGGAGCCGACGAAGGCGAUCGCCAGCGGCGGCAUUCCUGGUCUCGCACCGGCGCACCGCUACACUGGAAGCCGAAUGCCUGCUGCCGGAGUUCACCACCGUGAGCCCUUGCAUACCUCUCAGGGCGCUACUAACGGCCUUCGUUCCAGAGACAGCCGCGGUGGCGACGUGGGCGGCGAUGUGAUGGCGCGUGGCUGUCGAACAGACUUGCCACAACUGCUGCUGCUCAAUGCCAGAAAUGGUGAGUUGUAUACGCAGGUGUACAACCCAGGUGGUAGCACGGUUACCAGCCUCAACAGCAGCACGGCACUGGUCGGCGCCGGCCCAAACGCGUUUCUUAUGCACACCUCGUCAGUGUACAAGGCAGCGAGCUAUGUGCAUGAGGAGGCCGUGCUGGAGCGGCUGGAGUGCCAAGCCGCCGCCGUUGCUGCUAUUACCACCGUCGCUGCGAACGCAGCUGCUGGUAGGCCGGCGUCCUCUGGCCAUACUUCUCUUUCUUCUGGGCCCGGAUCCAACGCGGGACUAGCCCUGGUGGGCGGACGCGUAGGCGGCGUCAUCUCGGCGGCUGUUGCUUCUACGAGCAAGCCGCGCAUAUCAGGCGACAGCGCCGCUGAUGAAGCUCAGUUGUCAAGUGCUGGCAGCUCCGGCACUGGCAGCGGGGGGCCUUGUACUGCUGUCAGAGUUGCCGGCGGUGGUGGCGGUGACGGCGUUGCGACGGCGGCGGCUAGACUAAAGGGUCGCCCGGUCACUUUGAUGGGUUUGGGCCUCUUGGAUGAGGUGGAGGGCGAAGAAGACGAAGGGAAUGAACGGGACACACUGCGGGUCAACUCUGUCCCGGCAGCCACUGGCCACUACGAACACCACGCUGCUGCUAGCGCCAACGCGAACGGGCAGCAGUCUGGGCUCGGCGCUGCUUCCUCCACGGCUCAUGGCCGGCCGAGCGGGAGGGCUGUGGGAGCUGCUGGAGCAGGUGGCAACGGUGGCGCGGCAGCCACAGGCGGCCCGCACGCCGGACCUCCAACGGAAACUGAGCCUGCAUUGGUGGGCACUGGAGGUGCUACUGCUGCUGCUCCUAAGGAUGUGCAGCUCAGCGGCACCAGUGGCGCCCCUCAAUUGGAGGAGAGACCUCUUGACCAUCGAGCUCCCUUGCGGGAAUCCGUCGCUGUGUCGCCGCACAAUCGGUCUGCCUCUCCAGAACUGAUGCAGCAGCAGCACAUGGUCACUACCUCCGCAACUGGCCGAAGCGUCGCUGAGUCAGCAGCAGCGGCGACCCUUCCACAAGAGAUGAGCUUUUGCCAGUUCCACUCGCUCGAGCGUACGCGGCAUCUGUGGAGACGUCUGCGCAGCGGCUUCGCAUGUGAUCCGCUGCUCAACUUGGCGGUGCUCCUGCACGAGGGCGUAGAUCGGGAGGCGUACACCGCCUUCCUCUACGGCUGCUGUGCUGCACAGUUGCUCUUCCCCAAUGCUGUGAUGUUGGUAUCAGAGCCACGUAAACCCGGCCCAACAACGGAGUCGGCAACGCCGUCCCUCUCUCUAGUUCUGGGCCUGAAGCGAGCCGUGCCGGGGCUGCUAGAGCUGCUGGUGUCAGAACGUGAUUUGCGGCGGCAGUUGGGGCUGAGUGACACGCGGUUCUCUUCACACUUUCGUCUCAGUCAGCAUCACCAGCAGCUCGCGUUGGCCAACGCAACCGCAGCUGGCGAGGCGGCGGGUUUUGCGCCUCCGAGCAGCUAUGCCAUCAUCGGCCCUGUAGGGGCCCUCGGGCUGCAGACCCCUCUGCUGACGAGCUUGUCGAGCCCCAUGGAGAGGCACAAGGGGCCAUCAGGAUUUCCACUGCACCCGUUCAGCGCCGCCGCGGCAGGGAUUCGUGGUGGUCGCCCACCGCCGCCGGCCCACCUUACGGGACCCGCGAUCAACAUUGGCGUGAACCGCGCGGCAUCAUCGGGCAUCAAGGGUGGGGCAGGCUCCUCCGGGGUGGCCGGUGGCGCUGGGAGGGACGGCACAGCACACCGUCCAACGUACCCCAUGACGAUUGGCAUGUUGCGGCAGCUCGUGCUGCAGUCCAUGGGCUGGACAGCCCCACCUGCAGCUUGCCUUGUCGAUCGACCAGCUGGGCACACGGCAGUGGGUGAGGGGACGAGUGCCAGCGCUUCUGUGGAGGUAGCUGAUGGGGUGCAGGCGACUCGGUUGCCUCCUCCGCGCGGUCACAUCCACGCCCAGCAUCCGGCGGAGAGAUUCUUUGUGCAGGGAGACGGCAUAGGCCAACACAGCCUGCAGGAGGCGCUGGAGCGGCGCGUAGCCGUGCUCGUGUUACUGGACCGUCUCGAGGAGGCUGCCGAGUUACUGGCGCUGUACGGCACGCGCAACGCGCAGUACCCCAGUAUCGCUCUGACCCUGUCUGCGGCGCGCGGCCGGCAGACAACGCUGAUGAGUCUGGCGGCGGAUGACUGUUCAGGGGUGACCUUCUGGAUUCAUUUGAUGCUCACAUACAUGGAGAUCGUGAUGCGUCAGCAGUCAUGUGGAACGGCCGCAGCAGGGGAUAGGACGCCGCCCACGGAUGCAGCAGCUUUAGGUAGCACCAGUGACGGCGGCACAUCGAGUAUGACAACGAGCACUGCUGCGGCGACGGAGCCGGUCAGUCGCUUCGAUGAAUUUUUUACGCUACCGCAGCAGAAGGCGGUGGCGCUACGCCUUUUGGAGAGGUAUCCGCGCCUGGUCCUCUCUGACAAGGUGGGCCUCGCCACGGCGCUGCUCUUGCCUUCGCGGUACCACAGCGGCCAUCUCGCCAACUUGAUUGAGGUCUUCGAGGCUUUAGUGCAGCAGCAAUACCGUGACUACUCUGCAGUCGCCACCACCAGCACGGCAGGUCAACAGGUGGUCGUCGGCAGUGCGUAUGGGACGCCGUCCUCAAUGCCACCGCUGCCCGGGAUGGGCGCGCAGCAGCAGCCGUGCGUGAAUGCAAAGUGCGCAUCGCUGGCGGGCCCAUCUUCGCUGCCUACGCAGAGCUCUUCUGUAGGUACUGCCAUGUCGCCGGCGGCUCUCAACAGCCGCUUCCCAAGUCCACCUGGCGACAUCCCCGCGCAUGGCAGUGCCGACUCUCACUACAGCGAUCCUAGCGACACCUUUGUGCUGACUGCCGUCGCCUCCGCUGUGUCCGCCAACCGCUUUGCCCCCAUCUGCAGGUGCUCGCUGCUGCUCGUGACGGCUGUGGAAGGAGUCAGCACCGACUGCCGCGCACUGCAGCGCUACGUGGACGAGAGCGGCGAUGUGCAAACGUCCCUGAGCUACGCAGCGGCAUUCGGUAAUCUGCUGUCGCCCACUGUCCGCACCUGGCGUGACGCGUACCGGCGUUUGCUCAACGACCAGGGGCUCUCCAUGUGGCGCAGUCAUCACGAUCUGCAGAUCGUGAAGCUUGUCAAGGCACGUGAGGCGGUGGACACGCACGGGGGUAGCAGCGCGACCUGCGCGAGCAGCAGGCCGCACGGCGGCGCGGCGGACGUGCCCAACGUCGUCACUGGCGUCAGUGGUGACCCUUCCUCGGGCAUUCUCGGCGUACGCACCACGCAUGGCGGUAGUGUUAGCGAAACCGCCUCUGGCGCCCCACUAGGGAGUCCAGCAGCGACUUUCUCGGGCGCUGGUGGGCCUCGACCAACAGGCUUCCCUAGCGGAUCGACGGCCUUUGGAGGCGACCUCGGUGCGACGCCUGGUGCCGCCUCCGCAGCAGCGAUGAUGUCGACGCAAACAGCGAUGAUGAUGGAGCGCACGCUGAACCGAUUAGCGCAGACCACUGUAGCCACAACCACUGACCGCGACCGCUCGUUGCGCGAGGUGGCAGCGACUGCUGGUGGGGUCAGUCCGGGAGCCAACGAGGCCGUCCACCGAACGGUGGAGCUGAGGUGCAACUGCGGUCAGGCGAUGCACGCGACGGCGCCGAGCAAGAGCUCCAUUUCGUCUAUGACCUCGACGAAUGUGACCCGCAAGCAACUCAUUCCGUGCGGAAACCCAGAGUGCCGGCAGUGGCAGUCACCAAUGUGCAUUGUAUGUGGUGAGCGCAUGGAGCACCGCGCGACGGAGCUGCCGCCAGAGCGCUUCUUCGCAUGGUGCAGCGUGUGUCUGCAUGGCGGUCACUGGUGCCAUCUGCGGGAGUGGUUCAGCAAACACACAAAGUGCCCGGUCGAGAACUGCCCCUGCCACUGCUGCGACAAUGUUCACCUCUCGUAG